AUGCGCGCCGUCUCUGCGUGGAUUCGCCCUCGCAGAGCCUUCCAUCUUUUUUCGCUUCGUCAACCGUCCACGGCCUACCUCUCUACGAGUCGCAGAGCUAGGGCAGCGAGCCUUGCCUUCCUGCCUCGCGCUUUCUCCAAUCGCGCGCGCGAUUGCUCCCUGCCCUUCGCCCGGCUGCUUCAAGUGAAAAGCCCCGCCAGCACGAUGUCGUCGUCUCCUCGAUCUUCCUCUUCUUCCCCCCCCUCCUCUUCUUCUUCCUCUUCGUCGUCGUCUGCCGCAGACUUUUUCGGGACUUUCGACGUGUGGAGCAUGUUUGGCAACGGCGGCGCAGCUGAGAAAGCGUCCCCUGGGAGAAGAGCCAAGAGGACCGCCACCGAAAAGCAGAAGGAGCAGGAGUCCUCAGGCGGUGCCGCGCCAUCCAGAUCUUCUUCGUCCAGCAGCGGUAUCACAGGCUUUUUCGAUGGGUUCUUCAGAUGGGGAAGCACCUCCGACCCCUCGACCUGGAAUGACAACUGUACAGGUUACUCGCUGCCGGCCGAAGCCGCGGAGGUCCUUCAGGGGAUUAAGACAGACGCAAGCGACAGCGCGUCGGGCGAGACUCUCAAGGCCCUGCCGUGGAACGAAGACGACAGCAAGGUGGAGAAAGGUGCGUCUUCCGCUGCCUCGCCCUCCUCGUCUUCGUCCGCCGCAGCCUUCUUCGCCGACGAGCCGAGCGAGAAGCGAGAGUUCAAAGAGAAGUCUGAGACCAGCAACGCAGCGAGCGCGACUGGCGGCGUGGGGGGAGAGGAAAGCAAGAAGAGAGUCGUUGACACGAGCUACUACGACGUGCUAGAGGUCUCACCCGAAGCCUCGUCCGCGCAGAUCAAGAAAGCCUACUACAAGCUGGCGCUCAAAUGCCACCCUGACAAGAACCCGGACGACCCCGAAGCGAAACUGAAGUUCCAGAAAAUCGGCGAAGCGUACCAGGUUCUGAACGAUCCGAAGAGGAGAGAGCAGUAUGAUAAGUACGGCAUGUCGGCGACGCAGAACAUGAAUCUUAUCGAUCCUGCGCUCUUCUUCAUGAUGCUUUUCGGCUCUGAGCACCUCGACCCCUGGAUCGGCAAGCUGAAGAUGGCGCACCUGGUUGAGGUGCUCACCCAAGACGAGGGCGGCGGUCUCUUUGAAAUGGACGAAAACACGGAAGCAAAGUCCGACGCGUCGACCAAGCAGCGCGAGAAGAUGAUGAAGGAAAUGGAGAGUGAACAGAAGAAACGUGAAGUAACGCUCGCUCUUGAGCUUCGCGACCGCAUUCAGCCCUUUGUCGAAGGCCACGAGGUCCAGUGGCGGCGUGACAUGAGCAAGGAGGUCACUGCUCUUUGCGAGUCGUCGUUCGGCGACUCCAUCGUGGAGUCUCUGGGGUGGACCUACGAGAACUUUGCGGACGCAUAUCUCGGCGAAGUCCAAACUGCGUGGGGUCUCGGCGCGACGCUAGCCAAUGUCCAGGCGACCGGGCGCAGCAUUGGCAACACGUUUGCAGUGGCCAAGUCGAUGGUCCAAGCGGCUGUCGCAGCAACGGACAUUCAGGCCCGACACGAACAGAAAAAGAAGGGCUCAGCUGAGGGAGAGAAAGAAGGAGACGCAGAGAGCGGAGAGCAAGCCCAUGCAGGACCAGCCCAUCUGGAUACUCACGAGAUGGGCAGAGUGGGAGAGAUUCUCCAAAGCAUUCUGAGUAUCGUUCUGUACGACGUCGAAGAUACCGCGCGCAAAGCAGCCGAGAAGGUCUGCCGCGAUGAGUCGGUAGAUUUGCGCACGCGCGUGAAGCGAGCAGAGGCUCUGAAGAUCCUCGGUCACCUCAUGCAAGAGAAGGGAGCCAUGUUCAAAAAACUCAAGGAGAACAAGAAAUUUGACGUGUCCAAGCACAUGGAAGACGCAUUCAUCAAGGCUACCAUUGCGGCAGACGAAAAGAACCACAAGGCGCGCUAA